UACAGGUUGUCGCUUCUAUUAUAAUGAAUUAGUUGUUUUCGCAAAUGCUAAACAUUGCUGCAAUCCAACAGGUGUGUUUGUGCACAAUAAUAUCACGAUAGUAGUGUUCGUAGAGAAAGUCUAUUUGCGGAAUCGUGGAUAAUCAGCUUAUUUGGCAAUAUUGCGUAUUUAGUGACGUUUGUGUGCUCGUACAGAUAACACACCGCGAAGAUAACACAAGAGAGAUGAUGUGGAAGCUGCCCUCUAGUGCUGAAGAAGUAGACUUUAGAUACAAGAGCCAUUUUAGUUUUCUAUGGAAAGAAGAUGAAGAACGUAUCCGGCCUUUUCAUACCGUUGUGGUUCGUUAAACUUUAAUGUAUACGUAGUAAAAAAAAGUAAUAUCUCUCGCAAUGGUUGAGUGAAGCUAAAAUUUUAAGGUUGAAACAGAUUUCGUUUCCCUGAGCGCUUCGACUAAGGCAGCAGUAAUCGAUUUGUUUUGUUCAAAUUUAAUAGAAAGUAAUUUAAACACUAAAAGACCAACUCGUCCGGAAACCAACCACUGGUGAAUACACCACGUUGCCCGUGCGGUUUUGAAAAGUGAAAGAGGGAAAUAUGACGGACGCAAAAUCCGACCAAUGAUGCGUAUCAUUCCUUUCACCGGUGUGGCAAGCCAUGCGGCUUUCACACCAAAGAAUGAUCCCUUGACAACAACCAACCGGCGAUAAUGGAACAAAUGCAACGCCCGAUCGCGAAAUGUAUGUCUUCUACUGUAGCUGCAGAUUGAUCGAUUAGCAACAUUGAGGUUAUGUGGCGCACCAAUUGGUGCAGUAGAAUCAAUCGAAAUGUGAUUUUUUCUUCCCACGACGAAAUCAUUGCCUGCCACGCAGCUUCAAGUAUUGGCCAGCCACGUUACAAUGCUGUCUUGCUUUCAUUUUAUUUUGCCAUCGGAUUAACAAUUCCCCUAGAAAGGGAAUAUACACGCAAAGAAGACAAAUCUCUCUGGAGGCAUUGAAAAGGUCAUUGGAACAAGAGGUAUGCAUCUCACCACCACCACCACGAAGUCGUCAAAUUGGCAUAUUCGCAAAGAAGGGAAGCAAAACUGAUCGCAAUAUGUGUUUAUUGCACAUGCGUUGGUGCCUUUUAGGCAGGUGUGCGUGUUACCGGAUCCCGGUACCGGAACAAACGGUGAACCGCUUCCAGAAGCUAUUUUUAUACCGGCCGGCAUUUUCGCAUGGCACUUGAGCAACUUUUCGUUAAUCCAUCGCCUACUUUGAUGGAGGGGAGGGUUUCCACGGAUGUGUAGUGUGCGAUGCGUUUUUGCACGUGUAAGUUUCUCGACUACCUACGAUGAAACGUACACUAGUGUUAGUGCGAACGAACGAUGAUGCUGGAGAAUGCGCGCUGCUGGAUGGAAAAGUGUUUAGUAUGGCAGUUCGUCAUCGAGGAUAGCGGAUGCGGAUCGGAUAUUUAGGCUUUUUCAUUGUCAACUCACCCCAGUCCAGCAAACCGGAUCGAUCAGCAAGCAGAUUGGAGGAAGAACAAAAAUAAUUCGAAUCAAAAACAGGAUCAACAACAGGAGAACAGAACAGCGAAAUACCGUCGAUGGUGUGAAUAAAGUUUCUUAGUUUAUUGUGUCAAAGCUAUGCGGUUUUUUGAAAGUGUGUAAAAAAAGUGCUUUUGGUCUUAGUGUAAUCCUAGCAGGAUAAGAAAGGCAUAACCGAUGCGUAGUGUUUGAAAAAGAAAGAAAAAGAAAAAAGUAAAGAAAAAAAAUCCAAAGUGCGUAGAGUAUACACCUUGAGAUCUUUUUGUUUGUCGCACAAAAAAUCUCAAAGUUUUUAUUUCCCUUUUUGUUUGGAAGUAGUUCAGUAGUGAUAGUGUUCCACAGUUUGAUACGUGUUAGUCUUUAUAGUGUGUGAGCACCAACAACAGAGUAGUUGAUCCGAGAGCGCGUCGCAUCGUUCUGUUGCGUUAAGCGAAAACCAAAAAAAGUAACACUCCUCGCGAUCAAGAUGGUGAUGUCGCUGUACCGGACUAUUAAGGGCCAUACGGGCACGUACAAGCGGAGGAAGAACCGCGAACUGGAAAGAAGCUUGGGAUCCCUAGAGGCCACACUGCCGCGUGAAAUGGUGUCACGACGCAAAAUAUUGUCCCGCUCGCGGGACGACCUCAACCUGGACCAGUCCUACAUCACACAGGAGGAAGAGGAGGACGUUUGGUAUCAGAAAGAGAAGCUCUACAAGGAACAUAUUCAGGAAGUGCUGGACAAAUGGACACAGAUCGACGACGAGAUCUGGGCCAAAGUGAUCGUCUUCGAACGGAACCGGCGUGUGGCAAAAGCUUACGCCCGUGCACCAGUACUGACGAUUAACGGCUCGGAUGAUGGAUUCGAUGGAAUGAGGAUUGGCCUGUGCGGAUUUGACAAUCCGAUGCGCGAUCACAAAACCGAAGAAGUCAAGCGACAUGUCGGACAGGGUGUCAAGAUCAAGAUGGACGACGCAGGCAACAUUCUCAUCAGACGCUACUCAAAGAGCAACGUGUACGUGAAGAGCACGGCCAGCCAGCCGAAUGAGGAGACGGCCAUCGGUGCGGACAUUCUCAAGCUGCCCGGUCAGGCUAUAGAGAGUGAAAAGAUUGUAAAGCUGUUCGACAUGAAGAAGUUCCAGUCGAACGUGAACCGUGAGCUGCGCCGUGCCUAUCCGGAUCGCAGACGUCUCGAGACGCAGUGUCUGUCGGCGAUUGCAUUCGUCAAGUCGGAGAACGACAUCCUCGAUUGCCCGAUGUGGGUACUGAUCAUCAAUGUGGUUGCAAUGGAUAUGCUGAAGAGUAAACUACCUCCCGCCUUUUUCCUCCCUCCCGCCCGACUUCCCACCUCCAUCUACGGUGCAGUCCAACGUCCGGUUGACAUUAAGAACCGUCCAAGAAUUCCGAUACCUGACGAAGAUCCGUACAGUGUGGCCGGCAACGGAGGCGGCAGCUCCGGUAGUUCCGGUUUCGGGGCCAGCGGGUCCGGCAUGGUUGCGGCAAGCCGGGAACAUUUGAUGCAGCCGGCGCAACCGAUGGGCGGCCAGCGGCGCAGCGAGAAACCGCCGAAACUACCUCCACGUGACAAUCUGUACGCAACGCAUGAAAUUGGCAAGCCGGAUUAUGAUGAUAUCGAGGAUGAGAAUCGUGUGAAGCUGCCACGGGGUAAAUCAGACAAGGGCAAAGAUAACAAGAAGUAUGAUGAUCCGUACUACUGUGGACUGCGUGCUCGUGUGCCAAACUUUGUCAAGUCGUCCAAGUCGUCGAAGGAGAACAACAACAAUGGCCCGAAUGCGGCCGUCGGUGGUAGCAAGGAAACGGUGGCAUCGAAGCGACUCUCGAUCGCUCACCUUCAGCAUCCGACAUCGCUGCAGUCCCUGCACCAGCUGCACCAGAUGCAUCCCCAUCACAAUCUGAUGGCCGCCCAUCAACACCACCAGCAGCUGAUGUGGCAUGCUCGAAGCUACGAGAGUGGAAUCGAUACGGACGUGGUCGAGUCACCCUAUAGUCACAUGUACGGCCGUGUACCGCUGCCAACACGCGGAUACAUACCGGCACCGAGAGCCAUGUACAUCGGCGAAUGGGACUAGAGCGCGGGGCCAAAGGCAUCCAUAUCCAAGUUCGCGCACUCUUUUUUUAUUAUACAGAACUAAGGCAAUAAGGCAGAAGGAAUGUUGCAGCGCCACCAUGGCAAACAAAAAGGAACCGAUCGUUGCAACCGUACCCACUGGCACCCGGAACGGAAGGGACACACACGAUUGGGCAAUCGAACAGAGCACUGAACAGCGUGCUGACUACCUGUCCGUCUACCUGCCUGUGCCUGGUUUCACUUCUUUUAACUAAUAUUAUAGAUUAUUGCUAAUAUUAUUAUUAUUAUGAAUACUUAGUAAUCCGUGGCGAAAGGGGUGAAUGAAUGGUAGGGCUCGGCAUCGAUGGUGAUUUUCCGGCGCAACACCCCUU